UCAGUGCUAAUGGGGCACUCCUCCACUCAGUCCGCCAGGGAACAGUUUCUGCUGUUUCGAAGUUUGCGAGAUUUCAGAAGCAGCGCUGAUCCUCGUCAGUAUGAAUGUGUUUGCUGUACCUCAGAAGAGAGAUAAAGGCUGGUAUCUGUCACUUAUGGCACCUAACACAAAGGGCCCAAAGUUUGCGUGGCUUGAUCCCUCCAGACUUUAUUGCAAUUCCCAGGCCUUAUCAGACUGUGUGAAAGAUCUUCUCAAACCAUUCCACAGUGAUUCGAUUGACCUGGUGGCUGGAAUAGAUGCAAUGGGCUUCAUCCUCGGUUCAGCUAUUGCCACCACUCUGGAAAAAGGAUUUCUGGCCAUCCGAAAAGCAGGACAUCUGUGUGUAGAAACUCAGACGCAGGAAUAUACUGAUUACUCUGGCAGAAACAAGCUAAUGGAAGUACGAGAUGAUGUGUUAAAACCAGGUCUGCGUGUUCUCAUAGUUGACCAGUGGAUUGAGACUGGAGGUACAAUGAAGGCUGCCAUCAAACUGGUAGAAAAACAGGGAGCAUCUGUUGUAGGUGUUGCUGCUGUGGCCAUUGAGAACAGCGAGGGUGGAAAGUGGAUAAAGGAAAACUACAAGCACUCACACUGCAUCCCUAAGGCUAUUCAGUCUCAAAUAGACAGGCAGUAUCUGGAAUUCUUCAACAGUAACUUCAACAGUUAGACACGUUACAGAAUGGGUACCUAUGAGGAUAUUGAUACUAGAAACGAUUCUGUGCUUCCUUCUGCUAUAUACACACCAUAUGCCACAUAUACACAUUGUUCUAAUGUUUUCUGGUCUAUCUGAGGAUAAGUGCAUCCUCACAAUGGACUGGAAGAGAAAAUUAUGCUAAACGAAGCUAAUCCAAUAUAUUCUUCUGCCACAAAAGUUUACUUACAAAACUGGAUUUUAUUAUUAAGACUUAAACGAAGAACAUGAAGUAAUUCAUAAUAUAGGAUUAUUGAAAAUACAUGUGGCUCACUUUUUUUUUUUGUAUCUAAAAAGGAUAAACUUUAAACAAAAUUCUUAAGCAACAAGCCAUGGAAAAUACUUAAGAAAUUUUAAUUAAACCAAUUUAAGAACAGAGUAUACAAUAUAUAAAGAAGAACAUUGUUAACACAAAAAAAGUCAAAAAUUGUUCAGCACAUUACUGUGUAAAACGGUACAAAACUCCUAUCCAACUAUAGAAAUGUAUCUAAAAUUUCUGUUGGUGUACUUAAUACUACUUUCUUAUUGCAACUGCAUUUUAUAUUAAAAUACAAUAACUGUCACUUAAUUGUGCAAUUCAGUAUGAUAUUAAUAAAAGUGUUCAAUGUAAACUAAAGAAUUAACAAAUUACCUGACCGUUAUGAUUUAUGCCACAGUACCAUAAUAAUUCAAACAUCAAGCACAGAACAGAAGGAAAAAAUUUUGUGCAAACGGGGGGAGAAUAAAAAAAAAAAAAAUAAUUUUAACCGCAGAAAUGAAAAAGAAAAAGAGCAAAAAAAAAAAAAAAAAAAAUCAAGGAAUGUUUACUCCAGCCUGUACUAAGCACAUAUUCUUAAUAAACAUUUAACACUUUAUAGUCUCCCUUGUUUGUCUGUACCUAUAAGGUCACUUUGGUACCAUCAUUUAAUUCAGUGCAAAUAUCUCAGGUUUUCACUCCCUUUACUGACAACAGUUUGGCGG